CAUCCGACGCUUGAAUGUCCAUAUGGCUCGUUUCUGGUGGGGGGCGGUUCAAGGACAGCGUCGAGUUCAUUGGAUAGCAUGGAAAUCUCUUUGUGGCAGUAAACAUGAAGGUGGAUUGGGAUUCCGUAAUUUUGGUUGCUUCAAUUAGGCGUUAUUGGCUAAAGUUGCAUGGCGUAUCCUCACUGAGCCGGCCUCUCUUUUGGCUCGUAUUCUUAAAGGGCGUUAUUUUGCUGGUCAUCAUAAUUUGCUGGAUGCCUCGUGUGGCUCAAAUCCGUCGUGGGACUGGCGAAGUAUCCUCCAUGGUCGAGAUUUACUUUCUCGUGGGUUGCGUUGGCAGGUAGGUAAUGGUUUUUCCAUACGGGUGUUUGAAGAUGCUUGGUUACCCACGUCUCCGUCGUCGAUUCCUUCUCGUAGACCUGGUGCCCCUGCUUCUUCCCCGUUUGUUUCGGCGUUGAUUGAUCCGGGAUCUUGCACUUGGAAUAUGGCAGCCUUGCGUCUGUUUUUCAGUGCUGAUACUGUCAAGCUCAUCUCUUCUAUUCCUCUUCCGCAAAUCCAAAUCCCGGAUAAGUUGAUAUGGCAUUUUGAGCCAUCAGAUGUAUUCCAGGUUCGGUCAGCUUAUCAUCUUGCUUUUCAAUGCUAUCGUUCUGGAGUUGGUAGGCCUCAUGUAAAUCAAAUGGACCAUGAUAUGUAGCUUUGGUUGUGGAAUUUGAAAUUGCCACCAAAGCUUAAAUUUUUUGUUUGGCAAUGUCUUAAUCGGAUACUGCCAACUAGGGAGUCCUUAUCUCUCCAGGGUCUUGAUAUAAUCCCGAUUUUUCCGGUUUGUGGUCGGAAGGUGGAAUCGUUAGAACAUCUGUUUUUUAAUUGUUCAUUUGCUCGAAAAUUGUGGAGCUUGGUUGGUUUUCGUUCACAGCUUGCAGGUUGGGAUAAGCGUUCAUUUGCAGGUAUGGUUCGGGAGGUGCUUUUUCAUAAGAGCGGGAGGGUGGAUAAUUAUUAUUUUAACCUGCAAGUUAUAUCCAUGUUUUGGCGUAUUUGGAAGAACAGGUGUAUGGUUCUUUUUGAUCAGCAACAGAUCUGCUUGGAGUCAAAGGCGGCGGAGUGGCGUCAUCAGGUGAAUGAAAUUGAGUCUGCCUUCUUGUCCGCAUCUCUUUCCCCGGCCAUCCCGCUUCGAUCUUCUGUUCCUACAGGAUCAGCGUUUCCGCAUGAUGUUCAUCAAUUCCAUACUUCUUUCGACGGUGCCACUGGGAGGGGGGAUGCAGGUGCGGCAGCGUAUGUGAUUGGGGACGGUUCGUCUGAUGCAGGGAUGGUGUUUCCAAUUGCAGCUGCAGCAACCAUUUAUGCAGGGAUUAAAGAUGCUCAUGUUUUGGAGACCCUAGCUAUUCGGGAUUGUCUCAAGGAAUGCAGCACAAGACAGCUCACAUCGCUUCUUAUUACGGGCGACGCGAAGGUUAUCCUGGAUAAAUGUUUGGCAGGGGAUUUCAAUGAUUCUAAGGUUGGCGCAAUUUUGCGUGAGAUCAAAGCCUUGUUGGCUGGUUUUGGGGGGUAUUGUGAUCUACGUUUCGUAGGUCGUCAUAGGAACAGGGAGGCUCAUUUAGUAGCCAAAAAGUCCUUGAGUUUAUCGCCUCGGGUCCUGUCGAGGUUCGACUAUGUGUCUUGGUUACGUAGUUUGUAAUUGACGGAGUGUGGAUCUUAUCUCCAUCUCGUUUGAGAUCGGUUGAAUGGCAAAAAAAAAAAUGUUAAAGAUGAGAGCUGUGGCCUGUGUGUUCCAUCACUUGAUCUUCAAUUCAUGGAGGAUAUCGAUACUAGGGUUAGUAUGGCUUCUUUAGAUUUCUGAUAUGGCAAGCCUUCAACAACCAAUAAAAAGGUAAAAUAUACAUUGAAUUCUGUAAGAACAAACUCAAAUCCAACUUGGAGGCAGCUACCACGCGUACAUGAGUGCCCACUGGUACACGAACAUAGUUGCGAUUUGCGAAUAACAUGAAGAGGUUUCAGGCCAUCUGGUUUCCUUGUGGGACUCAUGAAUCCUUCUCUGCCAUUAAAACCCACGCCCACUGGUACACGAACAUCGUCAUUUGCCUUCCUGUAUAUAUGCCUGACCGUCUUCACCUGCAUGCACUAGCUGUGUCUUCUAGCAGCAAACCAUGAAGCCCAAGCUUGGACGGAUGGACACCAAAGAAAGAGAAUGUAUCAGC